UUUGCCGAAGCAUAUGGAGAAGAUCGAAUUCUAUUGUCGGGGUUUUGCUAGUUCGUUGUGUCCGAGAUUCAGACACGAAGAGCUCCGGAAGGGACAAUAUUUGAUUGCAAUAAAAGUGAGUAAAUAAUUGCAAAUCGGAGACCAGUAUCUCGUUUGCUGCAGUUUGCUAUAAUUUAUCAAUUGUCUGGCAAUCGAAUAGAGCUGAGAACGAGCCGGUUGGGCUGUUCCCACAUAGUACUACUGUUUGUAUUGUGUAUGGUGGAAAUGCGCUGGAUACCGAAGCGGAAUAGGGCAUUUUGUUUACAUUUAACCAACAGUGUGAAAUGUUGUAAUUACUGGAAAGUGAUGGGAACAGUACAAUACUAAAGCAUUCAGUUUAUCGGUUUCGAUGGCGCACACUCACCUAAUUCCCGCUUAGUAUGCAAACAUCGAAAAACGACAAUGUCUACCGUCGAUUGAAGACACAAUCGCCGGUGGUGAGUUUAGUAUCAAAACAAAAAACUACUUUCAAUUGUGGUGUAUAUGUUUGCUGUUUCUUCCUUCAGUGCGGGAACCGAACACAAAUGGCCAUAAAUAAUCGAGCAACGCGAAAAUCAUAUGCAUAAUAAUAUAUUUCAUGAUACUCUUUUUCGCCGCCCUCGCGUUCAAGAAUGGUAUUGAGCAAUGCUUUUUGCCUACUAGCCAUUAAAAAAUGAUAUUCGAAUGUACGUUGUACCCACCAUCUAUGACAUAUGCUCGAGGGAAAGGAGUAGGAACUGUAUUGCUGCCGGAUAAAAAUGCCGCGUCGAAAGAAGAGUGAACGACCAUAACACGAAAGGUAUUUGCAGCAUGCAAACUCUACUCCAAAAGCAAUCUGCGAACGAAAUCCGAUGGCAUGCAGUUCCUACGGCUGAAGGAAGACUUUCCGGUGGGCGGAGAAAUUGUGUCCCUGUAUGCCUUCCCGCGCAAUUCGAUCUUGAUCGCACGGACGGAAAACUCCAGCGACGGGGAAUACUUUCGACUGAAGGAGGUCAACAGCACCGUUGUCAGUGUGAUCCUGAACCGGAGCCUCGAUGAUCUGGUGGAUAGUGACAGUCCUCAGAGUAUACUGAAGUUUAGCGUGUUUUGCAGUGGGACGGCGAUGAAGACGGAUAACCAGUCGUCAUUUUUCACCAUCACUGUUUACAUAGAAGACAUCAACGAUAAUGAUCCCGAAUUUAUCAAUCUACCGUACGCGCUGACGCUGGACGAAUCAACGCCAAUUGAGACGGUGGUGUUUAAUAGAAUUAAGGCAAUUGAUCGUGAUAAGCCAAACACGCCGAAUUCCGACAUUGAGUACUCGAUCGCACCGAAGCAGCUCAAAAGCGGCGACUUCCCGUUUCGUCUGGAGAGCGCGCAACGGCCGAAACUGAUCCUGCAGCGGCCACUUGACUUCGACUCCGGUCUGCACUCGAUGAGUGUGCUGGUGUACGCGCACGAUCGUGGGAAUCCGUCGCGAUCGGCCAAUGCCACCGUCAGGGUGACCAUUCGGGACAUCGACGAUCUCGGGCCGAUCUUCACGCGGACGAUCUAUCGUACCAAACUGAAGGAAUCGUUUCCAAUCACGGGUAAACCAGUUCACGUGCCAAUCUACUUCGAUCCGCCGAUCGCAGCGUUCGAUCAGGACUCGCUGAAUGCCACCCUGAUCUACAGCAUCGUAAGCGGGAACGAACGCAAACUCUUCUGGAUGUCGUCGGAAACGGGAACGCUCUUUCUGCAGAAGGAGAUUGAUCUUGAAGCGGAAAGUCUACCGGAUAAUACGAUCACUCUACAGAUCGAGGCUAGACAAGCCAAUAACCCCUCGAAAGCUGCUUUGGCUAGAGUCGACCUGGAAAUCAUUGACCUCAACGACAACCUGCCGGAGUUCGAGGUCGAUCUCUACAAUAUCUCAAUCAUCGAAAAUCUCCCGAAGGGCUUCAGUAUCCUCCAGGUCAACGCACUGGAUCGCGAUCAGGGGGAAAAUGCUGAAUUCUACUACUACCUGGCAAACGAGGAACCGAAGGGAGCUUUCGUGGUUGAUCACGUGUCCGGUUGGAUCGUAGUCAAUGACGAAACCUUCCUGGAUAAGGAAACUCGCAGCUCGCUGCGUAUGACGGUUAACGCUAUGGAACGCGUCGAACAGGUUGAUCGCAGCCGAAACUAUGGCACAGUUCAGGUGGCGAUCACGCUGCUGGACACGAACGAUAACACGCCGGAGUUUGAGCAAGGUACGUUGUACGAGUUUAAAACAAACUGUACUGCGGGAGUGGGAACUAAGGUCGGUACGAUCAAAGCUAAAGAUCCGGAUGAUUUGGGGAAUGGUCGAGUUCAGUAUCGUGUUAAAAAUGUACGACCCAAUCUGGUGAUCCCGUUUAGGGUGGAUCCGGACACGGGGGACAUCAUUGUGUCGGAUCCAUUGACAUACGGAAAAAUUGCCUUUUUUGUGGAAGCUCGCGAUCAACCCCUGAAUCCAUCGGAGUCCAGAUUCAACGUUGCGCUGAUCACGAUCGACAUCGUGUGUCAAUCGAUCGAGGACAUUGAGUUUAUCGGUGCUCCGUACGAGUUCUGGGUCGGAGCGGACGCAGCCGUCGGGGCUUCGGUUGGACAAAUUAGAACAACUUUUGAUAUGAACACCGACGAAGAGAUCUUCUUCGAUUUACUGCAUUCUUACGCGGAAGGAGUUCCCUUCGCGAUCGAGGAAAGAUCCGGAAUCGUCACCGUGAUCGAGGGUAUGGAUAAAUUUGAUCGCCGUUGCUACGAGUUUGAAACCGUUGUUUCUUAUCUUCCAAAUGCCGACGGCCGCAUCAUGGAAGAGCUAACACCAGAAGCGUACAACAACCUCGAAAAGAUCAUCGUCACAAAUGUAACCAUUCACGUCAUCAAACAUAACUUUAUGCUGCUACGAGGAACCAACUCCACGCCGAUAGAGUUCAAAAUCAAAGAGAACAAACCGAACGCAAUCAUCGGCCAGCUAAAGUUCCAAGACUUCCAGGAACAGUGCGACGCGGAUGAAAAAGGUCUACCGCCGUUGAUUUCUGUCCGAGGCGAACGAAACCGCAAUGACCGGCAAGUCUUUACCCUGAACAGCAAAAACCGAACUCGCUACGGAAGAAGAUUCAUUCGCGAAGCGAACCCUGACUACGUCCAGCUCUACCCGCUGGUGACCUUCGACGCUCUGUACACGUCCAACGCAUCCCGCAAAGCCCGCAAUUCCAGGUAUUCGCAAACACCGACCAGUGGCGUUCAGUACUCCCUGAUCAACAGUUACGACGUGACCGACUUGAUCCGACUCACCAACGACGGCAAACUGAUGACCGUCAAGGGGUUGGAUCGCGAAAAACAGGACACCAUCAAGGUUACCAUCAUUGCCGAGUACUUCUACAAACAUCGCACCUUCGCCGGCAUUUACCAGGUGGUAAUCCUCGUCGAAGACGAGAACGACAACCCGCCAAAGUUCAACCAACCCUUCUAUCUAGGGGUGAUCGCGGAAAACUCUCCGAUCGGCACCGAAAUCGUUUUGAGCAAUCCGAUCAUCAUCACCGAUCCGGACGCCGGAAUCAACUCCGAGUACGAUCUGAUCCUUUCGGGUGAGUCCAACUCUUUUGCCGUCCAGUUUUCGAACUCUACUCUGUCGAAUUACAACAAAACAGUGGCGCACAUCUUUAAGAACCUACAGAUUGCCAAUGUUGAUGCCAGCAAUGAAAUGGCCAACCGGCGGACGGACUUCCACGCAAAACCAGUCGAGGGAGGCAACGGAUCUACGCCGCACUAUAACAUCCUGUUUAUGGGACCGAACAAGCUGGAUCGGGAAGAAAUUGACAGCUUGAGUUUGAAGAUGAUGGCAACCGAUAACGAUAGUUUGACCUCCGAGGUCGAGCUACGGAUCUUGAUUCUGGACGUUAACGACAAUCCACCGAUCUUCGAAAAGGUUGCGAUCUUCCGUAAAAGUCGGUGUGAAAUGAUUGAGAAUAGCAGCGAUUUGGAGUUGUUUUAUCUGGACGAACUGGAAACGGAAGUGUUACCGGAGUUUGUGGAAAUGGAACGGGAGGUAGGUCGAUUCGGCUACGGGGUGGAAAGUUUGUUUGAAAUGGUCCAAUCGGCUCCGUAUAUUGGCAUACCAAGGCUUUUCGAUGGGCAGUUGAUGAUGGCGAAUCGAUCGCCAGGGGGGUACCGGCGAAAAGUUUACAAACCCAAGGCUAAACUGCGGAGCGGGGUUCGGAAUACUCGUGCGGUCGGUAGGAAGCCGGCGUUGAGAUUUUCGCUUCCGGAGAAUGUCGAUGUGGGUAAGGUGAUCCUGAAGCUGACAGCGAGUGAUGAUGAUUUCGAGAAGAACUCGAAGGUUUACUACGAAAUUGUGAAUCAGGAAAAGUGGCCCGCUCAGAAUAGGAGCAACUAUUUCAAGAUUGAUCGGAAUUCUGGAGAAUUGAAGGCGGUGCAGCGACUGCCACCGGAGAGAGAGAUCAGAUUAAAUGUUUCCGCGAAGGAUGUCGGUGGGUUGGCGGACGUAAUCGGUUUGGAGUUUAAGAUCUACGAUGUAAACGACAACUCGCCGGUCUUCGAGAAGCAAUGGUACACAUUCAGGGUAGAGGAAGGAAAUUACCCGAUUACGGGGACGCGACUUGGUCAGGUCCGGGCGACCGAUGAGGAUCUAGGAAUGAACGGGAACGUGAGCUAUCUUCUGCUGGCAGAAGAUGACGCAAAGAUACCGUUUUCCAUCUCUCCGCUGGACGGGACGAUUCGGGUAUCUGGGGAAUUAGAUCGCGAAACAGUUUCCUCGUAUAACUUCAGAGUGUUGGCUUCGGAUAACAAUUUAGACCUGAAGCGAUCGGCUAUGGUAGAUGUGGAGGUGAUCGUUCUGGACAAAAAUGACAACAGCCCGGAGUUCACGGCGUACGAUGAUCUACAGUACGAUCGAGCGAGUAUGAAACGACAACCGCUGUACGUAUCCUACAUCAACAUCAACGCUAAACCGGGAACAUUCGUCAAGCAGGUACAGGCGAGAGACAACGACUUCAAGGAAAACGGUAACGGAUUGGUGAUCUUCUCCCUGACGGGUCAAAACGAUCUGCUACAUUUUAACAUAGACCCGAAGGAAGGCGUGAUCGUAACGGCAAUGAAAUUCAUUCCACCAGCCAGUAGGAAGAGCUAUCAACAUAUCAACGUAACGGUGGUUGCUUCGGACUUUGGAACGCCUCCUCGAUCGAGUACGGCUUUGCUGAUCGUUAACCUGCAGGGUAGUCCCGAGCGUUCAAAUGAAGCCGAAGAGAAGGUCCCACUGUUUCCAUACAAGUACUACGAACUCGAACUGCGUGAGAAUGACCACGCUCCGAAGAUCGUACUGAACGUCACCCUGAACAAGAAGUACACAAACGAGGCCUUCCGAUGGCAGAUUCUGAACGAAGAAUACGGCGAGAAAUUCAGGAUUGACGAACGGAACGGAUCGUUGUGGAUGCUGCAGCCUCUGGAUCGAGAGGAGCAAGAUUCGUACGAGAUCAAAAUUAAGGUGGAAAAGCUGCGGGUUCGCGAGAGUCGAAACAUUCCGAGUGUUCUGUACGCUUUGGAGAAUCCGGUGAGGAAACGCACGCAAAAGCUGUUCGACAACGAGGUCGAGAUCCUGGUUAAGGUGAUGGAUGUCAACGACAAUUCACCGAUCUUCCGGGAAAACGACGGUCCGAUCAUUGCGGUUGUACCCGAUCGAGCCAACUACGGUUACCCGGUGCUGAAAGUUGAGGCCUACGAUGCGGAUAUCGCCGGCAACGGAGAGAUUCGUUACUCGCUGUUGAACGAACCUGCUCGAUUGUUCAGCAUCGACGCGUUGAGCGGUCAGAUACGUUUGCUGAGUUCACUUGUGACGUUCCAAGAUCAGGUCUUUGGGUUCGACGUCAAGGCAACGGAUCGGGUGGGUGCCGACGACGGGAAGUCCACCAUUGCGAACGUGUUUGUGUACGUGCUGAACGCGCACCAGGAGGUUUGUAUGGUACUGUCCGGAGCACCGGUGGAAGUCGAGAAGCAGAUGGGAAUGAUCACGGCUAGCUUGAGCCUUGCGACCGGGUACGACGUUCGGAUACGGGCGUUGGAGAGUAAUGACAAAGUGGAGGAUGCCACAAAUUUAUACCUAUAUGCCAUAGAUCGAAGGUCCAACUCGUUAGUGGACAUGGCUGAAUUGCAAAGAUCACUUGCCUCGCUCGAUAUGUCCAAUUUGAAGCCAAAUUUGCCGAUAAUCGAACUUACCGAGCUGGCAUCCAAUGCCCUGGAGCCGCACUCGUACGAUGCGGGUAUGAAGGGAAUCGAACUGGCAACCGUGGUCAUCGCGGGACUGAUAUUUGCCGGUGGAACGGCUACGGCCCUGUGCAUCGCAUGCGCCCGUUACCGUCGCCUAAUUCCGCUGCCGAACCUAAGCGGUGCGAACGGAUCCCAGGACGUCCGGGCGACGGGUAUGCGCAACACCGUCUCAACUCUGGGCGGUGCCAAUAACAACAAUAGCAACAACAACAACAACAACGCCAACAACAAUAACACCGGCAGUAGCCUUGGUGGCAGCAUCAGCCGACCGAUUGCCCGAGUCGACAUACAGCCGGUGAUAACCCGGGCGGAUCUGAAAAACUCAAUCUUCCACCCGAACUUUCACCGACAAUUCGUGACCAACAUCAGUACCGAGUCGGCGGUUCCCGUUCCGCCGGGCAAUGAUGAAAACAAUAGUGAUAGCUACGAAGAUUCGCUGAAGGAUUCACUGACGUCCAACACGAGUCUAUGACGAGACGGGAACGCUCCCCCACCCUGCCGGGGGAGCCACCAUCACCGGUGCCACCCCCGCCACAGCCAGCUGUACAGAAUAGCCGAUAGGAGGAACCAAAAAUUUUAAACAAAACGCACUGCUGACGCAAGCCAAUUUUCGCCGCAGCAGAGAAAAAGUAUUAUUUGUUAUCUAAUGUUUAAGCAUGUGUGCUGAGAUUGUGUACGAGACAGAGAGAGAGUGCGAUUAUGCCAGACGGGACGAGUGUGACUUCGAAGUGCAAUCGAUGAAACCAGUGACAAAGAU